AUGAGUGAGCCUGUGCCCAAGCAGCCUGAUGAAUGCACAAACUUAUACAAAAUACUUGGUGUAGAAACAUCAGCAAGUGAGCUCGAGAUCAAGACGGCAUACCGUAAACUAGCACUGAAGUAUCAUCCCGAUCGUAAUGCUGGUUCAAUUGAAGCUGCUGACAAGUUUAAACUCGCAAGUGCCGCUUAUGCCGUACUUAGUGAUCCUAAUAAACGUCGUCAAUAUGACGUUGCAGGUGAAAAUGGAAAAGAUAUGGAAUUUGAAAGUGUAGAUGUCGAAUCAAUGGGAGGCUUUGGACGUGUUGUGGGUGCUCUUUUUACUAAAAUUGGUAUGCCCAUUCCUACCCAAAUAUCACAGUCGGUCUUAUCAGCUGCUAGAGAUCUUUGUGAUGAUCGAAACAAUUCGACCCAAUUGCCACAUGUCACACAAAUUGUUUUUGGAAUGGAACGUCAUGCUAAAGUGGACAAACAGGACGCUCAUUUUUACAAAUUACAAGUCGAUAAAGAUCGAGAAUCAGUGGUCUUUAUGUGUCGUUCAGCUACGAAAAGUAAGUUUAAAUUGGUGCUUUUUGACCAACAUGGAGCUGUACGAAUGGUACAAGAGUCAGUCAAGAAAGCACGAUGUACUGCUGCAGACAUGUACUUGUCGAGUACGGUAGAGCUUAUGGACUUGAAUCCAGACAUGUGGCCUAAUGCCAAUAGCGACUCGGAGUUACCCGAGAUAUUCAGCAAAUUGUCGCUCUUUGAAGUGCGACGUACUGUGCCACUGGAAAAAGGUGAGCACUUGUUCUGUGUCUACGGAGACAAUUGGCUGUCGGCAGUGAAAUACUCGAUCAAGUGCCUGAAGAUUGAUGAAGAGUCACCAGCACUGCGCAGCAUCCAGCAGAGUGAGCAUGAACUCGUGGGGAUUAAGCAUGAUCUGGAUGCUUUGCAAAAGGAGUACGCUGCUGCCAAGAAGGCCUUUGAGGAAGUCUGCUCACGUGUGGAAGCCAAGCAGACCCGCACAGAGGAGCUGCUGCAUGAGCGCGAGCAGUCGUACGAGUCGUUCCUAGCCGGUUGUGACCCCAAUCAGGCUGCUGGCGCAUUUGAAGAAGCACGGGGCUCAAAUACCUCGCAACACGGACAGAAUGGGCCGCUAAACGAGGAUGCCAGUCCUGCCGGCGGCAUCCGCAAUAUCUUUGGCGGGUUCCAGAAUCGUUUCUUUGCGGGGGGUAAGGAGCGUACGAGCUCUAUGGACACUACUAGCAACGCGUCGUCGCACAGCCAUUAA